AUGGCGAACGAGAAGCCAGUGUCAAUGCCCGGUUCCGCGUCACUUUCGGAGCGAGAACCUCCGCAGGUCCACGGGCAGCAAAUUGGCACCGGCUCUAAUACCGGCGAAAAGAUCACGUCGGGUUCGGGCUCAGUGGUUUUGCCGGCUGGGGUUAUGAACCCGUCGGUUCCGUUACGGAAUAUCAAGAUGAAAUUCGCCGUCCUCACCGAACUGAUCCAAGCUGGGGAGGUUAGCGACAGAGACAUUGUUGAGACGGUUUUGAAUCUGCUUGUGGGUGGCGAGUUUGACCUGGAGAUGAACUUUAUCAUCCAGGAGGCAGAGAGCAUCAGCUGCAUGGUGGAGCUGCUGGAGCACUGCCAGGUGACGUGUCAGGCGGAGAUCUGGAGCAUGUACACCACCAUCCUGAGGAAGAGCAUCCGAAACCUCCAGAGCAGCACCGAGGUCGGCCUCAUCCAGCAGGUCCUCCUCAGGAUCCAGUCGGCUGACGACAUGAUCGCAGACCUGCUUGUGGACAUGCUGGGAGUGCUGGCUAGUUACAGUAUAACGGUGAAGGAGCUGAAACUCUUGUUCAGCUUGCUGAGGGGAGAUGGUGGUGUGUGGCCCAAGCAUGCGGUUAAGCUGCUGUCUGUGUUAAAUCAGAUGCCUCACCGACAUGGACCAGACACUUUCUUCAACUUCCCUGGUCGCAGUGCUGCAGCAAUUGCUUUACCCCCUAUUGCGAAGUGGCCUUACCAAAACGGAUUCACUCUCAACACUUGGUUCCGAAUGGACCCUCUGAACAACAUUAAUGUGGACAAGGAUAAACCCUAUCUUUACUGCUUUCGGACAAGCAAAGGUAUUGGAUACUCAGCGCAUUUUGUUGGUAACUGCUUAAUCGUAACAUCUCUGAAGUCAAAAGGCAAAGGUUUUCAGCACUGUGUGAAAUAUGACUUCCAGCCCCGGAAGUGGUAUAUGAUAAGUAUUGUCCACAUCUACAACCGCUGGAGGAACAGUGAGAUCCGUUGCUAUGUGAACGGCCAGCUGGUUUCCUAUGGCGACAUGGCCUGGCACGUCAACACCAGUGAUAGCUAUGAUAAAUGUUUCCUGGGCUCUUCGGAGACUGUGGAUGCUAACAGAGUCUUCUGUGGACAGCUGGGUGCCAUCUACCUUUUCAGUGAAGCACUAAACCCAGCUCAGAUAUUUGCCAUUCAUCAGCUGGGACCAGGCUACAGGAGUACCUUUAAGUUUCGGUCAGAGAGUGAUAUCCAUUUGGCUGAACACCACAAACAGGUGCUGUAUGAUGGGAAACUGGCCAACAGCAUAUCUUUCACCUACAACGCCAAAGCGACAGAUGCUCAGCUCUGCCUCGAGUCCUCGCCCAGGGAAAACCCCUCCAUUUUCGUUCAUUCACCUCAUGCCCUCAUGCUUCAGGAUGUGAAAGCCAUCAUCACUCACUCCAUCCACAGUGCCAUCCACUCCAUCGGAGGAAUCCAGGUCCUUUUCCCUCUCUUCAUGCAGUUGGACUACCACCAGAGAGAUGACUGCCAAGUUGAGACCACUGUCUGUGCGACUCUGCUGGCGUUCCUGGUGGAGCUGCUGAAAAGCUCCGUGGCCAUGCAGGAGCAGAUGCUAGGAGGCAAAGGCUUCCUGGUGAUUGGCUACCUGCUGGAGAAGUCGUCCAGGGUGCACAUGACCAGGGCGGUUCUUGAACAGUUCCUGUCCUUUGCUAAGUACCUGGAUGGCCUUUCUCAUGGGGCUCCUCUUCUCAAACAGCUAUGUGACCAUGUCCUGUUCAACGCUGCCCUCUGGAUUCACACCCCUGCCAAGGUGCAGCUGUCUCUAUACACUUACCUGUCGGCUGAGUUCAUCGGCACGGCGACUAUCUACAGCACCAUACGGCGCGUUGGGACCGUGCUUCAGAUCAUGCACACUCUCAAGCAUUACUACUGGGCCGUUAACCCUGCCGAAGCCAGCGAUGUCACCCCCAAAGGCCUGGAUGGACCUCGACCGUCGGUGAAGGAGAUCACAUCUCUAAGGGCCUUCAUGCUACUCUUCCUUAAACAACUCAUCCUCAAGGACAGAGGUAUUAAGGAAGAUGAACUCCAGAGCAUUCUGAAUUACCUACUAACAAUGCACGAGGAUGAGAACAUCCAUGAUGUGCUGCAGCUUCUGGUGGCUCUGAUGUCGGAGCAUCCCGCCUCCAUGAUCCCCGCGUUUGACCAGAGGAACGGCAUACGGGUCAUCUACAAACUGUUGGCUUCCAAGACUGAGAACAUACGUGUCCAAGGGCUGAAAGUGUUGGCUUAUUUCCUCAAGCAUUUGGGACACAAGAGGAAAGUGGAGAUCAUGCAUACACACAGCCUCUUUACUCUGCUUGGAGAGAGACUCAUGCUGCAUACCAAUACUGUGACAGUAACGACUUACAACACUCUCUAUGAGAUUCUGACGGAGCAGGUCUGUACUCAGGUGGUCCACAAACCCCACCCUGAGCCUGACUUGACCAUGAAAAUCCAAAACCCAAUGAUCCUCAAGGUCGUGGCCACGCUACUGAAGAACUCCACGCCGAGCACCGAGCUGAUGGAGGUGCGGCGGCUCUUCCUCUCUGACAUGAUCAAACUUUUCAGUAACAGCCGUGAGAACAGACGUUGUCUGCUUCAGUGUUCAGUGUGGCAGGACUGGAUGUUCUCGUUGGGCUACAUCAACCCUAAGAACUCAGAAGAACAGAAGAUUACGGAAAUGGUUUAUGACAUCUUCCGUAUCUUGCUCUAUCACGCCAUCAAGCAUGAGUGGGGAGGCUGGCGUGUCUGGGUGGACACUCUCUCCAUUGCCCACUCCAAAGUGACAUACGAGGCUCAUAAAGAAUACUUAGCCAAGAUGUAUGAGGAGUACCAGCGGCUAGAGGAGGAGAACAUCAAAAAGGGCAGAAAAGGACUGGUCAGUACCAUCUCUGGCCUGUCUGCCCAAGCUUCUGCUAUCAAAGGCACCUUGGAAAUGGAUGACAACUCUCAGACCCAGACCCCUGAGAGCGAGGCAGACUACCCAGACACCACGGACUCUCAGCACUUGCUGGCUGAGGCCAAAGGUCUGGAUGGGGAGAGCCCUGUCUCAGGAGUGCGCGUCGAAGUCCAUGACCUGCUGGUGGACAUCAAGGCAGAGAAGGUAGAGGCUACUGAGGUGAAGCUGGAGGACAUGGACCUUUCUCCAGAGACCCUGGGGCUGUCAGAGAAUGGGGCUCUAGUGGAGGUGGACUCCCUUCUCGACAACGUUUACUCGGCCGCUGUGGAGAAACUCAACAGCAACGUCAACAGCGUUUUGGUGCCCAAAGCCAGCUUGGAGGAGAAGAACCUCCAAGGUCCUCUGAUUACCCUGGCUGAUGAAAAGGACAGUGUAUCCAGCAGCACUGGGUUUCUUUUCAGCAAGGUUACCACCUGCCCUGGGGACAAAAUUCUGCCCCAACUAGUGCCCUCACACUCUCUGUCGCUGGGUGGAGUGGAGUCCCAGCUCCACAUCCAUGCCAGUGAUGACUUGAGUCUGUUGGCUCACAUGACCAGUGGGUCAGAGCUGACCAGCAGGUCUGGGGUCCUGGAAGACUCUUCUCUGGGGGGUUUCACUUCACUCUCUGAGACAGACUCAGCAGUAAAGAGCCCUGAGCAGACAGAGGGCAGGGCCACAGAGCGAGAGACAGACACAGCAGGAGGAAAGAACAGCACAGACACUGUCAGUGGGGUGUCAGAUACGGAGAAGUCUGAUGAUGACAAGGACAAAGAGAUGAAGAAGAUCCAGACCACUGCUACAACACAGACUGUGCAGGGCCGGUCGUGCGGUCAUGUGGAGCGGAGUCUGCGUGUUGACCUGGGCUUCAGAGGGAUGCCUAUGACGGAGGAGCAGAAGAGACAGUUCAGCCCCGGGCCACGCACCACAAUGUUCCGUAUCCCAGAAUUCAAAUGGUCGCCCAUGCAUCAGCGACUGCUCACUGACCUUCUGUUUGCGCUUGAGUCAGACGUUCACGUCUGGAGGAGUCAUUCAACCAAACCUGUUGUGGACUUCGUGAACAAUAGUGAAAACAUCAUUUUUGUGCACAACACUAUUCACCUGAUCUCACAGAUGGUUGAUAACAUCAUCAUGGCUUGUGGUGGGAUACUUCCUCUCCUCUCUGCUGCCACGUCUCCCUCUAAUACAAAGACAGAGCUGGAGAACAUCGAGGUUACUCAGGGCAUGUCGUCGGACAUGGCUGUGACCUUUCUGACACGGCUGAUGACCAUGGUGGAUGUGCUGGUGUUUGCUAGUUCACUCAAUUUCAGCGAGAUUGAAGCAGAGAAGAACAUGUCGUCUGGAGGCCUCAUGAGACAAUGUCUCAGACUUGUGUGCUGCGUGGCUGUGAGAAGCUGUUUGGAGUGCAGAGAGAGACAGAUGGACAGGGGAGUCAAACCCUCCACGUCAAGCAACAGAGGCCAGGAAAACACUCAGAGUUCAGUGUCAGCUAACAAGACGACCAUAGAGAAUUUCCCCGGUAACCUCUCUCCCAUCAGAGACCCAGAACGACUUUUACAGGAUGUGGACAUCAGCCGCCUGCGUGCUGUCGUUUUCCGUGACGUUGAUGACAGUAAGCAGGCCCAGUUCCUGGCCUUGGCUGUAGUCUACUUCAUCUCAGUGCUCAUGGUGUCAAAAUACCGGGACAUUCUGGAGUCCCAGCGGGAGACUGGCAGAGUUGUCAACCAAUCGGGGAGAAGCAUUCGGCAAGAGAUCAACUCACCCACUAGCACAGAGAACCCCUCAAACUUCACAGAGAACAGCAGAGAGACACCCAAGCCAGAGGAAGACCCACGUCCAGAGAACACACUGCCGCACUCGGACUCCGGCAUCGGGGAGGAGCAGGUGUCUGGCAUCCUGAACGGAUCCGAUCCAGAACUCAGCGCAGUGAUUCCAGACAACACCACGGACCUGCUCUGUACACUCUCCUCUGAGGUGAAUACCCAGGACAGUCUGAUGGAGGCAGCAGCAGGAGCAGGGGAGGUUUUCAAAGUGAACUCCUCCAUAUCCAACGUCAGCCAGGCCAACAAGGGCAUAAAUGUGAAAGAGAUCUUAAAGAGCCUGGUUGCAGCUCCUGUGGAAAGCCCCGACGCCAGACCUGAACCAGCACCUUACCCUGAUCGCCAGACCAUCAAGAGAGAAGCUCAGGCCAUGCAACCCAUGCAGUUCCACUCAUUUGACAGGAGUGUGGUGGUCCCAGCCAAGAAGCCCAUCCCAAGUAGUUCUGGUCCUGCCGUAAACACAGGGGGCAGUUCUGGUCUGGCUGUUAACCCAGGGGGCAAUUCUGGGUCCAGCACGGUUGUAGCUCCAGGAUAUACGCCCAGCAUAUCUGCGGCUACCUCCGCCACACCCAAGAGCGUCAUCAACACCACAGGUGCCACUGACUCUUCCUCCACUGCCUCCACAUCCUCCAGCUUUGUGAACGGAGCCACCAGUAAAAACCUGCCCGCCGUGCAGGCUGUGGCUCCCAUGCCUGAAGACACUGUGGAGAAUAUGAGUAUCACUGCUAAGCUGGAGCGUGCUCUGGAGAAGGUAGCUCCACUUCUGAGGGAGAUCUUUGUGGACUUUGCUCCUUUCCUCUCUCGCACGCUGCUGGGUAGUCAUGGACAGGAACUACUCAUAGAAGGUCUGGUGUGUAUGAAAUCCAGUACCUCAGUGGUGGAGCUUGUCAUGCUUCUCUGCUCUCAGGAAUGGCAGAACUCUAUUCAGAAAAACGCAGGCCUGGCUUUCAUAGAGCUGAUAAACGAAGGAAGACUCCUGUGUCAUGCCAUGAAGGACCACAUUGUGCGUGUGGCAAACGAAGCGGAAUUUAUCCUGAACCGUCAGAGAGCUGAGGAUGUCCACAAGCACGCUGAGUUUGAGGCUAACUGUGCCCAGUAUGCCGCAGACAGGAAAGAAGAAGAGAAGAUGUGUGAUCAUCUGAUCAAUGCUGCCAAACAUCGUGAUCAUGUGACAGCCAGUCAGCUGAAGCAGAAGAUUCUCAACAUUCUAACCAAUAAGCAUGGAGCCUGGGGUGUUCCCACACAUAGGCAAGUGUGUCUUUUUGUCCUCCCCUUCUCCUCCUACUUUCAUCUCAACGACUUCUGCCGUCUGGACUACUGGGAGGAUGACCUCAGGAGGAGGCGGAGAUUCAUUCGAAAUCCCUUUGGCUCCACCCACUUAGACAUCGUUUGCAAAUCACUCGAGGACUAUGGUCGUGAGGAAGAUGAGGUGGUGAGGUGUAAGAAUGGCAUACGUGGCCAGCUGCCGAUGAGCCAGAAUCCCGAGACAGAGCUGAUGCUGGAGAGUGAUGAUGACGCAGUCAGUCUGCUACAGGACAAAGAGGCUGAUGCCCUGACAGGCCCGGUGGUUCUGAGUACCCCUGCUCAGCUCGUCGCCCCGGUAAUCGUGGUUCAUGGAACACUCUCCAUCACCAUGUCUGAAAUCUACUUUGAAAUGGAUGAAGACGAUCCUGCUUUCAAACAGAUCGAUCCCAGAGUGCUAGUGUACUCCGAAGGACUGCAUGGCAAGUGGAUGUUUAGUGAAAUCCGGGCUGUGUUUUCCAGAAGGUUCCUUCUUCAGAACACAGCCUUAGAGGUCUUCAUGGCUAAUAGAACCUCCGUCAUGUUUAACUUCCCUGACCAGGCCACGGUGAAGAAGGUGGUGUACGGUUUACCUCGAGUGGGUGUUGGCACCAGCUACGGCCUGCCACAGGCCAGGCGGAUCUCUCUGGCCACCCCACGGCAGCUCUUUAAAUCCUCUAACAUGACUCAGCGUUGGCAGCGACGGGAAAUUUCCAACUUUGAGUAUCUGAUGUUCCUCAACACCAUUGCAGGGAGGACAUACAACGACCUAAACCAGUAUCCGGUUUUCCCUUGGGUUCUCACCAACUAUGAGUCAGAGGAGCUGGAUCUGACCCUCCCAGGCAACUUCAGGGAUCUGUCAAAGCCAAUAGGAGCUCUGAACCCCAAGCGUGCUGUCUUCUACGCUGAGAGAUAUGAAUCAUGGGAGGAUGAGCAGACUCCACCCUGUCACUAUGACACCCAUUACUCCACCUCUUCCUCCACCCUCUACUGGCUCAUCAGGAUAGAGCCUUUUACCACAUUCUUCCUGAGUAUGAAUAGUAAUAAGUUUGACCAUCCUGACCGGACGUUUUCGGGUAUGGCCUGCUCCUGGAGACACUGCCAGAGAGACACGGCCAACAUCAAGGAGCUGAUUCCUGAGUUCUACUACCUGCCUGAGAUGUUUGUCAACAGUAACGGCUAUUGCCUGGGAGUGAAGGAGGAUGGGACGCCAGUGUGUGACGUGGAGCUUCCUCCAUGGGCAAAGAAACCAGAGGAUUUUGUUAGAAUAAAUAGAAUGGCCCUGGAGAGCGAGUUUGUGUCAUGUCAGCUGCAUCAGUGGAUUGACCUUAUUUUUGGCUACAAGCAGCGUGGACCUGAGGCCACGCGCGCCCUCAAUGUCUUUCACUACCUGACCUACGAGGGCUCCGUCAACCUGGACAGCAUCAGCGACCCCGCUCUUCGCAAGGCAAUGGAGGCCCAGAUCCAAAGCUUUGGACAGACGCCAUCUCAGUUGCUUAUCGAGCCACAUCCUCCACGCAGCUCCGCCAUGCACCUGUGUUUUCUUCCUCAGAGUCCACUCAUGUAUAAAGACCAGAUGCAGCAGGAUGUUAUCAUGGUGCUCAAGUUUCCCUCCAACUCGCCCGUCACUCACGUGGCCGCCAACACCCUCCCUCACCUCACCGUGCCUGCCGUCGUCACGGUGACCUGCAGCCGCCUGUUCGCGGUCAACCGUUGGCACAACACCGUGGGUCUUCGAGGAGCUCCAGGUUAUUCACUAGAGCAAGCACAUCAUCUACCCAUUGAAAUGGACUCUCUGAUAGCCAACAACUCUGGGACAAACAAGCGACAGAUCACUGACUUGGUCGAUCAGAGUAUCCAGAUUAACACACACUGUUUCGUGGUGACGGCAGACAACCGUUACAUCCUUGCUUGUGGAUUCUGGGACAAAAGCUUUCGUGUGUACUCCUCUGAAACAGGCAAGCUGACACAGAUCGUGUUUGGUCACUGGGAUGUGGUCACGUGCCUGGCCCGGUCCGAGUCCUACAUAGGCGGAGACUGUUACGUUGUGUCCGGGUCCAGAGAUGCCACCCUGCUCCUGUGGUACUGGAGCGGACGACACCACAUCAUUGGAGACAACCCUAAUAACAGUGACUACCCAGCUCCCCGGGCGGUGCUGACAGGUCAUGACCACGAGGUGGUGUGUGUGUCUGUGUGUGCUGAGCUGGGACUGGUCAUCAGUGGAGCCAGAGAGGGGCCGUGUCUAGUCCACACCAUCACUGGGGACCUGCUGCGGGCCCUGGAGGGCCCUGACAACUGUGUCUUCCCACGACUUAUCUCUGUGUCCAGUGAGGGACACUGUAUCAUCUACUAUGAAAGAGGCCAGUUCUGCAACUUCAGCAUCAAUGGCAAACUGCUGGCCCAGAUGGAAAUCAGUGACUCCACACGCGCCAUUCUGCUGAGCAGUGAUGGGCAGAACCUAGUAACCGGUGGCGACAACGGAGUGGUGGAGGUCUGGCAAGUGUGUGAUUUUAAACAGCUCUAUGUGUACCCUGGGUGUGACGCAGGUAUCCGAGCAAUGGACCUGUCACACGAUCAAAGGACCCUGGUUACUGGCAUGGCGUCCGGUAGCAUAGUGGCAUUCAACAUUGAUUUCAGCCGCUGGCAUUUUGAGCAUCAGAACAGGUUUUGA